AUGGGCGCUAAAGAGAGCGUGGAGGCUGCUAAAUUCUCUUCGCAAAAUUGGAACAAUUUCGAGCAUGGCGUUGUGAAGCAUCACCACAGACACGGAACGCAGCGCUCGCAGAGUCUGAACCGCGGACCUUCCCUCUCGCGCACUGAUGGCACCUGCAUAGUGCAGUGCGCCGAGUGCGGCACGCGCACGAUGGGCAAUAAAUUGUCGUCGUGCUCAUGCGCGCCCAUCCUCCGCAAGGCGUACCGCUAUGAAGACAGCCCGUGGCAGAACUCCCGUAGGCGUGAUGGUCAUCUAUUAAGACUUUGGGCGGAGGUGUUCCACGUGUCGGCGAGUGGCGCUGGUACUGUCAAAUGGCAGCAGGUUUCGGAGGACCUGGUGCCUGUCAAUAUCACCUGCAUCCAGGACUCGCCCGAGUGUGUGUUCCACAUCACCGCCUACAAUUCCCAAGUUGACAAGAUUCUCGACGUAAGACUACUUCAACCGGGCACCCGGAUAGGACAAGCUUCAGAAUGCUUUGUGUAUUGGAAGGACCCAAUGACGAACGAUACAUGGGGAUUAAAUUUCACAUCUCCAAUCGAUGCCAAACAGUUUAGAGAAUGUUGUUCACCAUCGUUCAAGUUUUCGCGCAAGGCUUCAUCGAGUUACAGCUUAAAAUUGGAGCCACCGGGGAGCAAGCAAAAGUUUAAAACUAAAAGGAAACCGGUGUCCACACCCGCUAGUCCCAAUCGCUCUAGUCUGACUUACGGACGCGAGCCGCAAUGCACGUGCAUGACUCAAGAGCAAUACGCAAGGCUCAGGGCCCAAGACCCGCGAUAUCGUUCCUCGACUCUGCCACGUACCACCGCCCGUGCCAUAGAAACUGAGACCGGAGCACCGGGCGGUACAGCAAAUCGCUCCGACAAGGUCGCUGCCGCAACUUCCUCCACUUCGUUGUACGACAAUGUCACAAACUCGCAACCUGCAACACAGCCGCCACCAAAGCCGGCUGCACGGCAGACUGAAGCUCAGCCGCCUACGCGUCCCCCAAAAUCGCAGGAGACGUCGACUAUGACUACUAACACGUCUACAGCACCUAAGACAGUAACUGCCUCGGUCGGCACGCAUGGCACUAAUACAUCUGAGGAAAAUCAAGGGCCGUCCGGUGGAGGCGCUGCCCAACAUGGUCAAGACUUGAAAUCCGAGGGGGUGCAAGCAGGAGGUACACUUACAACAUCGAAGUCAUCAUCCACUUCUACUCGUUCCGGCAAAGACCAUUUGCAGCACAUGCCCAAGAGCGUUGACUAUGGAGACGGCAACGAAUCGUCCCGUGAGUCUGACAAGCACGCAAUGCAUCAUCAUAAUGUCAUAAACAACAACACUGGCUCACGGCGUACCAAGUCCAAGAGUACAGAAGACAUGAAUAUGGACUCGAGCACGUUGAAGCGUAUGCUUAAGCCGAUGCCGUCGACUGAAAGCCCUGUCACCUCUCCGGAAAUGGGUCGUCGACGGUACGGCGUCGCUGGGCCCUGUCCGCCCUCGUGCGGCGCCCACGGCCACCGCCACCCCCAGCACAUGCACCCCCACGGCCACUACUCGCACGUCGUCAACAACAACAGCCGACAGAGCUCACAGCGCUACCCUUCAGCCAGUAGGGGUGUGGGUGCGGGGGCGGCGCCAAGCGGUUAUCCGGGGCGCGGCUUAUACUUGGAACUGGGUGGUGGUGAGCGGGACCUGUCACCACCGUCUGACAACGUGAUGUUCGACAACCAGUGCUACGCGACCACUCCGUCAUCCUCCAACGGGAACUCCGACCAAGAGCAUUGCCAACGCCGCGACCCACGCCAGCAUCAUCACCCGCAGCCGAAGCCGUGCCUAUCACGGCAGGUUUCGCAAUCGAGUGCCACUCCGGCCCCUGGUUCGCCCACCUCGCGCCUGCUUCUCGAGUACGAGAUGCACCUCCGCAACACUUUGGCGAAGGGAAUGGACGCGGAGAGCUACAGCCUGCACACGUUCGAGGCGUUAUUGAGCCAAAGCAUGGAGGACUUAGAAUACAACGAUAGUAUGCCGCCUACCAAUCAGCGAAGCCCGUAUCCACCACGUAGACGCCCAGCAUCGCAAUGCUCAGGUGGUGGAAGCCGCUCUUCCACCCUGCCACUGCCGCAUCGACUUGGCGUUGAAAGGCAACACAGUGCAAGAUCUGAUCGAGAUGGUUACUACAGCGACCGUAACGAGCUCAUGCGGGAACGCGAGAGGGAAAGGGAACGAGGAUACCUGAGUGAUCACAAUACAAGGGAUCGCCAUCGAGAUCGCGAUCAAGGAUAUUUAAGCGAUCAUCAGUCAAGCUUCGUGAGUGCGUCGCGCUGCGCCUCGUGUAUUGGUGAGUCGGCUCGCUCGGCUUGGUACCGCCAUUCGGAUGGUUGGCGUGGUGCCCCGCCUCCUGGGCCCCGCCGCUCGCCCUGGGACUCCCUGCCCAGCUUGCGCCACGAGGGCAGCCUCAAUGACUCCGGGUACCGGAGCAACCGAGCCGACAGCUUCGAGCAGCGGGGUGUGUUCGAUCGCCAAGAUAGCGUCCGUUCGGAGUACACCAGUGACAGGGAGUCUACUCGUUAUGGCAUCGUACAACAAGCUUCCAUUGACAGCACCGACUCGAGAAUCUGCUACUUAACAUCUAGUGAGGCUAACAAGGAAGAAAAGAACCCUGUCCCAAAGACAGGUGGGAAG